UUCGUACGUUCACACCACACUUCGGUCAGUUCAGGUGCAGUAUCACCUCAAUGUUGGGCUAUAGUUUCGUAAUAGCGCUCUACGCGCUCUUAGGGCUGUUCACAAUGUUUGUUGGUAUGAUACGUUCGCGUAUGCUCUAUUGGCAGCGUCGCGGUGUAGCACACGACCAGCCGGCUUUUAUAUUGGGCAAUCUGCGAAGUCUUGCCAUCACGCGCCAACUCGGUGUGGCAUUACGUGAAACUUACGAUAAGUAUAAGUAUAGUGACGGUCCAUUUUGUGGCUUCUAUUUGCUGGUCAAUCCCGUAGCAGUAGUGACGGAUUUAAAUUUGGCGCGCAAUAUACUCAUCCGAGACUUUCAAAAGUUUGACGGUCGUGGUUUGUACCACAAUAAACGCGAUGAUAUAUUUUCGGAGAACCUGUGGAACUUAGAAGGAGACGCAUGGCGCGCGUUGCGCAGAAAACUGUCGCCGAUCUUCACCACAGGUAAAACACAAUCCAUCAUACCGCUCAUCACCAAAGUAGCGGAGCAGUUAAAGCAAGCAUUAGCGAAACAACAAAGCAGUGAUACCGAACUGGAAGUGCGAGACCUGCUUGAGCGGUACACCACAGAUGUUAUUGCAAAUAGCGUACUCGGUUUGGAGUGUAAUAGCCUUGAAAGCCCGGAUACCGAGUUUCGCACGGUAAUAAAAAGUUUCGCCUCAAAGCAACGCAACAGCUUGGCAAUUGUCCUCAUGCAGUGCUUGCCAAAGCUGGCGCAGCGCUGUCACUUAACCCAGACACUGAGAGAAGUACGAGAUUUCUAUUACCGCUUAGUCGGCGAUACUAUAUUACAACACGAGGAGCAUAAUAUUAAACUUAAUGAUCUAAUGAGCGCUCUGCUCGACUUGAAGAACACUCAAGAAGCUGAACACAAGUUAACUACCGACGAGAUCAUUGCAAACUCCGCUUUGUUCUUCAGUGCUGGCUAUGAAACUUCAUCAGCAACUUUGACUUUUGCGCUUUAUGAAUUGGCCCUUAAUCAGAAGACACAAACCAAAUUGCGAAAAGAAAUUGCGGAGACGCUGGAAAAGCAUGGCGGCAAACUUACCCCAGAAUCACUGAGUGAGAUGAGCUAUCUAGAUAUGGUCAUUACAGAAACUUUACGCAAACAUCCGAUAAAUCCCUAUAUCGAACGUGUUGCGAAUCAGGACUACGAAACCGCAGUGGCAGGUUAUGUUAUAUAUGGGGGCACUAAGGUGCUCAUACCAGUUGAAGCCAUACACAACGAUCCGGAGUUCUACCCUGAGCCCGAGAAAUUCAUACCAGAACGUUUCGAAACUGACAGAAUGAGUCGUCGCCAUCCAAUGGCUUGGUUACCCUUUGGCGAAGGGCCUCGCAACUGCAUUGGCAUGCGUUUCGGUCAAUUACUAAUCCGAAUCGGUCUCAUAUCGUUACUGAGUCAGUUGAAAUUCUCAACUUGCCCACGCACUCCUACUCCGUUGGUAUACGAUGACACAAGUCUACUAUUAAAACCGCAAAGUGAAUUGUACUUACAUGCAGCGAGACUCUGUUAGUAAGAUGACCGCGUGUUCCGACGAAAGCUCAGCUUUUACCGAAGACUUGUGAAGAGAGACCUUUUGGAGAAUAUACUCGAUUCAAUAAGCAUAUUCUUUUUUUUUUUUUUUAGGCAGAAAAAUAAAUGCUCCGGUAACAAAAAUAUGUACACAGGAGGUAGCCUUAUCAAGUAUCUCUUAUGAUAUUAAAUGCUGAGAAUUCGCAUAAGAAAUAGUAUGUUUAUGAUAAUUGUUUAUUUAAAAAUGAAAUUCAAAUUAAAUACUUUUA